UGACAACCCUUCCCAUUGGUAGCUGAAACACCAUCACCCGACUCCAAGCUUUGGCUGGAACAUAAGAUUUGGGCACUACCCUCUUUGUUUAGGCUUUGGAUAUUUUGUGGAAAGCUAGGAGGACUAAAUAAGCUAGUCCGCUCUUUCUACAACCACAUUUGUCCAAAGUCCAUUUUCUUGAAGUCUUUGGUUGUGAAUAUCUUUGACGCAUUGAUCUUGCAGGAUCGGGUAGAAUCAGAACGAGCGCAGGCAAGCUGGGCAAACCAUGGGUGUCCAAGAAUUCCGUGAUGUUGUGUCAUCCCUAUUCGUCAUGCUGAACAAGGAUACAUACGUCCUGUUUCGGAUCGAGUUUCUUGUGGUCCUGGUCACAGUCAUGUUCUUUGUGAUGUUUAUCAUGGACGUCUUCCGCCGCACCAUCCACAACACAAAGUUAGCAGCUAUCUUUAGCAUCUUGGAUGCCAUCUCUGACGCCAUUGUCAUAUACCUGCUGGGGGCCAUGCGAGCAAUGAAGUUCAAAAAUCAGUUGUUCCCGGUUUGGGGCCUUGUGCUUGUUAGUUUUCGUUACAAUAUCGAUUUCAUUUCUGGCUAUGGUGUUCAUGACCACCAUGGGCGACGUUUCAUGGAGUGGAGGAACGUGGUGAAACUUCUGGGAUCAGCCUUUUUGAAUUUGUCGCUCAACUCAAGGGUCGCGGUUCCACUCUGGUUGCUUUUGGCUCUGCAGAUACUCAGGAGCGGGUACAGAUUCUAUGCGCAUAGUCUGACAGUCCGUUCUGUCUGGCAUGGCAAGAGUUCAGAGGUUGUUACAGAGCACAUGCGUGCCUGGAAACCUGAGGAGUGCGACCCAAAGAGUAUGCUAGGAUACAAAUACUUGGUCUAUGGAGAAACCCAACAGAGCAUCAAAUUUGAGAAGCCUCGGUAUGUCAUGCACAUCGAUACUGCCCAGAAUGUCCAGCAAGCUAGGCGUGGUCAUCGUCAGCGUCAAGAGAGAUUAACGCUGGUCACCCUAGAAAAGAUCUGGGGAUGCAGCAAUGCCCUGUUAUGCAAGGACAACAAUCAGGAGAAUGACUUGCAGGAUCUCUGCCUAGCCUUCGCCUUGUCCAGACUGCUUCGGUGUAGGCUGGAGGAUGUGACGUUGCCAGAAGAAAUCUUCGCCAUCAACCGAAAGCUAGUUAAGGCUCAGAUCCUCAAGGAGAACACUAGCCUCAAGGAUAACACUGACCGCGCGUUCAGGAUCAUGGAGCUGCAACUUUCCUUCGUAAACGACUACUUCAACACCCGCUACCCUAUGGUCUUCUGGCAUGGGUUCCCUUCUCUUUUCUCAAAUCUGCUUCUCUCCACGGUCAACUUCGGUGUUGUCUGCUGGCUUGCUGUGGACAUCCGUAAGGUCUAUAAGCCCCUGAAGAAUGAUCAGGCUCGUGUGGUGCAUGGGUUCAAUGUUGACGUGAUCAUCACCUGGGUAUUCUUGUUUUUUAUGCUGUUCAAAGAGAUCUGGGAGAUGGUCAGCUACUUAGUCUCAAACUGGACUAGUUUACUCCUUGUCUGCAGCUAUGCACAGCAGAAGAAAGAGAACAAGUGUAUGGAGCGCAUAAUACCAUCCUUUUUCAGAUCUAGGAUAACUAGUAAGCAAUGGCAUGGACAUAUUGACCAGUAUGUCUUCUUGGAGUCAUACGAUGACAGACCAAGAUUUUGGAAUUUUCUCCACUACAUAACCACAGGAAUGGUUCCAAAGAAGGACGAUGGAGCAACACUCCACAGUGCCAUUGAUGUGCCGGGAUGUGUCAGGCUAGCAGUACUAGAAAAGCUUCGUGCAAGCCUAGAGCAGCUCAGCUCUCCUGACAAUCCUAACAGAACUCAUGAGGAGCAAGGUCAGCUUCAGCCCAAGGUCAUCACAUUAACAUCACUGCCGGAAGCUGACGGUAAGCAAACGAAGCGGUACGAUUGGGCCUGCUAUAAAUUGCCCACAUGCUCACAUGUAAUUCUGGUGUGGCACAUUGCAACCAGCCUCUGCGAGAUGAAGAUUGCUAAAGACCACAAGGUCGACCUAAGCAAACAUGGGUUCCUGAGCUCACUCUUGUCAUACUUUACAAGUUUCUGCUCAUCGAAACCAUAUCUUGUUGAUGUGGACGACAAGACGAAACAGAAGUUGUAUGACAAGCUCCAGCAAAUGUAUGUCACCGCGAAUAGCUUGUCGCGGUACUGUGCAUAUCUGCUAGUUUCAAAGCCUGACCUGAUCCCUGACAGCUUUUACGUACCCAACAUGGUCUUACAAGAAACCGUGACACGCGCCCGUGAUGAUAUUCUUAAAAGCUGCGACUCAUUACAAAGCAGGUAUGACAAACUGAUGGAAGAAGCAGGGAAGGCCAUCCAAGAUUUUGAUGCUGUCAUGAAGAGUGAAGAUGUUGUGCGACUGGGUGCAAAGCUGGGCAAGGAACUGAUUGAUCUAGAGUCUCAAGAAGAAUGCUGGGAGAUCCUGUCCGGGGUAUGGGCAGAGUUACUAGUGCACAUUGCCCCAACAUGGAACGCGGAGGUACACAAGAUGUGCCUCAAGUCGGGAGGGGAAUUCAUAACCCAUAUCUGGGCAUUGCUAUGGCAUUGUGGAAUAGACAAGAGCAAAUUAUGGCCAGUUGAAGAUGUGUAUGACAAUGUGAGGGUCAGAGGAAUGCGGAAUUACGGGAACACAUGUUACUUCAAUGCAGUGUUGCAGAGUCUCCUUGCACUUGAUAAGCUGCGUGCAAGGAUGUUACGACCGAAUGCUCUCAUAGGGAAUCUUGGUCAGGAACUGCGGACUCUGUUCAACAUGACAACCAAUACCAAUUACGCAAGAGAUGCGCUGGCGCCAGAGAAGCUCUUCUCACAUAUGUGCUCAAGGAAUGCAGAUUUCAGACCUGGCAUGAUGGAAGACAGCAAUAACAUGCUUGGUUCCUUGCUAGAUGGGUUGAAUAGUGACGAACCUACAAUGGUUGAGUCUCUCUUUCGUAGCCAGGUCGUUAAACAUGUCUCCAGCAAAACAUGUGAGCACACAUCAGUUAGUGCCGAGAACCUUGAUCUCAGUCUGGCAAUACCACCAAAGAAGCAUGCAUCAAUCGAGGAUUGUUUGGAUUUAUAUUCCACAGGGGUGAUCAAUGAUUGGCACUGUAUGGACUGUUCUGAUGCUGCUGCUUCUGGAAAUGCAUCUUUGAACCAAGAAGAUACAGCAGACUAUGAUGGCCAACUUGAACAGUCGGAGAACAAAACAUACGAAAAGGGGGAAUCCAGCCAUCAAGCUGACAAACAAACAAGAACACCGAAUGUGAACAGCGGAAAGCUACCUAUGCUUGAUGGCAACUCAAAUCAAAUGGAAGAGAGCAAUAAAAAACAGAAAGAGGAAGAGAAGAUAUACAGAGCUGCAAGAGUAAAAUAUCGCAUUAGCAACGCUGCACCUAUACUAACAAUUCAGCUGAAGAGAUUCGGCUAUUCCCACCCUGAAAAUCCAGACAAGUUGGAAGAACAUGUGAGCUUUCAGGAUACACUUGAUAUAACAAAGUUUAUGGACCCAGGGCAUCUGGAGGACGACGAGUACAAAUAUCGUCUGGUUGCUGUCAUUGUACACAGUGGAACAACCUUGCGUGAAGGACACAAUUUUGCUUAUGUGAGAACAAGCCAGAUUGGAUGCCAGGAGCAGGAGAGCCGUGGCACUCCCACAUGGUUCCAUGCAAGCGACGAGAGCAUCACAGAAGUAUCAUUAGAAGAGGUACUGGAGUGUCAGGCAUACAUUCUUUUCUACGAAAGAGUUGAACAGGCAAAGGACAUGUCAGUUCUAGAAGAGCAUCUGCCGACCGACCAUUGAUCCAGAGAAGGAUCGACAGGGUAGAAGAUGGAUGAGAAGGGAAAACACAGUUUGGUUAAUUUUGUGGAGUGGAGUGAUCCCAUCGUGGGAAGGUCUUGAAGUUCGGAUGAAGAGCUCGCUCGAACCGUUGCUUUGACUUUGAUUUUCGCUAUUCAAUUUGGUUGUAAUGAAAUAAUUAUAUCCAUUUGCAAAAUGUGUUUGUAUUUAUCUAUGCACUGUUUCCCUCACCCGAAAUUGCAAUCAGAAACUUGAUGUCUUAACUCCAAAUUUGAGCUUUGUAUCGUCUCGUUUGAGAAGCAUAAUUCAGAAU